AUGAAAUUACUCUUGGCCAUUUUAGGUGCUUUGGUACCAUCAACUCUUGCCAGCUUGGAGCUUGUACCUGGUGCCUCUUGGACUGCUACGAAUGGCGAACAUCUGCAAGCCCAUGGCGCUGGAUUCAUCGAAGAAGACGGCACAUACUAUAUGGUUGGAGAAGACAAGACGAACGGAACUAAUUUUCUAAACAUCAACUGCUAUUCCUCUACCGAUUUGGUUCAGUGGAAAUACGUCGGUGCUCUUCUCAGUCAAACGGAGUCUGGCGACCUUGGUCCUGGAAGAGUCGUGGAGCGACCGAAGGUCAUUUACAAUGACAAGACUAAGAAAUAUGUGCUCUAUGUCCACAUUGACAGCUCAAACUACGGCGAGGCAAAAGUGGGCGUUGCAACUGGAGACUCAGUCUGUGGAAAAUACGAUUACCUUGGUAGUUUUCAGCCCAAUGGUAACACCAGCAGAGACAUGACCUUGUUCAAAGAUGACGAUGGAUCAGGAUAUUUGAUCUCGGAGGAUCGUCCAAACGGUCUUCAUAUCUACAAGUUGACGGAUGACUAUCACAACGUUUCUUCUGAGACCUAUUUGUUUCCCGACCCUGGAAAUGUUGAGGCACCAGCCCUUAUUAAACGCGAUGGUCUUUACUAUCUUUUCGGCUCUCACUUAUCAGGAUGGUCAAACAACGACAACGUCUACACCACAUCCAAAUCUCUAAGCAGUGGCUGGGCCGACUGGAAAACAUUCGCAGAUGUCGGAAGCAAUACAUACGAAUCCCAGACAACCUUCGUACUCUCUAUCGAUGACAAACAAAUCAUGUACAUGGGAGAUCGCUGGGUCAGCGAAAAUCUGAUGACAAGCACAUAUGUCUGGCUACCACUCAACAUCAACGGUACAAGUGUGAUUAUGAAGUGGUAUGACCAAUGGGUCCCGAAUCUUUUGUCUCAGUCCGGAUUUUUAGCUGCUCCUGCCAAUACAACCAUCCAGGGUGAGAACGGUACCUAUGAUGGAGACGCAAGGAAUAUAAGCUGCAGCGGCUGUUCUGGCGGUUACGCGGCUGGCUACAUUGGUGGGCCGGACGGGGGAAGUGUCACUCUGAGAGAUUUUGAGGCGAAAGAUUCUGCGGAAACUACGGUCACUUUCGAAUAUAGGAACGGUGAUUCUGGGACACGUUAUGCGAAUGUAACCUUCAAUGACUUGCCCCCACAAAAGGUGGCUUUUUUGACAACUGGAGGAGCUGUCAAGAGAAGUGUUAUCAACACGCAGUUGAAGGCGGGUCCAUAUAACACAAUUGUUAUUGACGGGUAUGACACUGGAUAUGGCCCGGAUAUCGACAGGGUGGAGGUUCCACUGGAGUAG